AUGAACAAAAUGGAAGACCAAAGAGAAGAUUCUGUCGUUGUUGUUCCGAAAGACGACGAUACAAAUUGGCACUUUGCCGGUACGACGGUCCACCCGUUCGUAAGGAACACAAAUCAUCGAAUGCAAUUGGAAAUCGAGAAUCGAUUCGUCGUUUUGAUGGUGAACCCUUUCUCGCCGUCGAAGAAGGCCGAGAAGAAGGAUGACGAUGAAAACGACGAUAAAGAUGACGUCCAACAUCAUCACCAACAAUUUUUAUGCUUCGACGCGACGUGUUACCACAUGGGCGCGCCUUUGUUGCACGCGGACAUCGAGGACGAUGUGUGCAGCGGCAACAGUUUCGGGAGCGCGAGCAACUGUAGUGAUGCUUCUUCUUCGUCAUCCUGCGUGAUUGUUUGCCCGUGGCACCAUUAUAAAAUCGACGUCGGCAAAAGCGGGGAACGCGUGUACUUCGACGCGUUCACGAAAGAACGCAAAACCGUCGCGCGGAGGCAAAGAACGCACGAGGUGAAAGUAGACCGAGAGGAGAACGUGUGGGUGAAACUGAACAGGGAGAGCGAGAGAUACGAAAGCGAUAGAUACGCGUUUAAGCAACCGCUGAGGAGCACGAGAGGCAAGACCAACGAGCAUCAGUUUCGAGCGUUUAAGAGUUCCGGCGAUGCGUUUACAUCAUCAUCUUCUAAGAAGAAGAAGAGUGCGAUGAAAGAGAGGGAAGAAGGAAAGAGUCUGUUAGGACGGAUGGUUGGCAAAUCUAUGAGCGGAGGGGACGGCGUCGCGCCGUGGGCGAUAUCGAAGGAGGCGGGCGGGGGAUUGCCGCCGUUGCCUGCAAGGGGGAUAUUAAAGAAGAGCAGUUUCGGGACAUCAUCGUCGUCAAAAGCUGAGAGUGAGUGUAUCGUUAAAGAAGAAGUAUUCGAAGAUGCAAUAGAGGAGGAAAGAGUGGUGGCGGAUGAUGAAUAA